UUGCAUCUAGUGGUAUUUUAUGCCUCUGCUAGGUACUGCACUAUCUAGGUCACAAUACAUUAAAAAGAGCACCAAGGAUAUGCUUAGUGAAGACAUUUCUGAAGACCGACUCAUUUUUUGCACACACAUGAAUCAUUGGAUGCGGAUUGUCUUGUCUCAGGUACCAAGUUUACUUGGAUUACUAUAAAUAUUUUAAAGAAAUGUUCUAUUGGUGUCAAUGGAUUUCCGUUGCCUCUGGCACCCACCUGCUUACAUUCCCAAGGGAAACGAGGAGCGAAGGUUUGCAAACAAGCUGACACUUUAUGUCCAAUGAAUUGGAAGAAGCAACAACUUACAGAACUUGAGGAUCAUUGCACUUUUCCUGCUGACAUUUUGAUUGACAACACUGGUGGACAGACCAUUGACAAGUGCACUGCAUAUGGCCGUAUACUUCAUUACCUUUACUACAUGAAUCAGGCACCGUAUUCCAGGCUUUGACAGAUGAGACAGCCUGUGAAUGAAGCUGGGAUUUGGGCAACUCAAGGAUAGCCAGACCGCUUGAACAAGAUGCAGAGGCCUUGGUUGACGAGGCGUUUGAAAGACCAAGAGACUUCAUCAAUUCAUCACUGACAACAUCCAUCUGUAUUGCACAGCUCCUGACUGUAGCCCGAGCACAAUUUGUGCUGUGAAGAGACCUACCAUAUAUCAUGACCAGGGACUGGCAAGGACAGACUCUUGUGAUUAAAAGGACACACCAUUUGUACACAGGUGGUGUACUGUUGACUGGACACACUACAGCAGGGUGGAUUUGAUGAUGAAAGACAGUAUUUCAGGGUUUCUUGAAAUCUGCUGAUAAGACAUUGAUGACAUUAUUAUUGAAGAAAUAUUCGAAGACAUGGAAGAUUUUCCAAAAAAUCACAGACGACUUUCCAUGGACUCACCAGCAUAAUGGAAGAAACUGAAGGAGUGAACUGAGUUUUCCUCCCGGUUUGAACUUUGGCUUGAGAUUCCCACCUGGAGAACUACCACAGCAACUACCGAAGCAUCUGCACAUUCAGUUUGAAUUGUGACUCAAGUACAUUAGAUGUGUCAAGGAAUGAAGACUACUGAAUCAUCCCCAUUUUCAGUGAAGAUUGUGUGUUUUGUGUCUUCCUGUGGUGUCUACGCCCUCGAUGACCACUAACACUAAAUGUGCUUUCUAUUCUACUUUUUAGAUGUAACUGAUACAGAUGAUGGUACUCGUGAAAAUUCUAAGCCUGCACCCAGUGAGGACAGCCUUGCUCAGCCUGAGGCUGAGGCCCUGGCUGAGGCCGAACCAGAAUCAGAAGCUAUGGUGGCUGAGGCUGACUCAGAGCCAGAGGUGGAUGCUGAGGAUGAGCCAGAGGCGGAUGCUGAGGAUGAGCCAGAGGUCGACGCAGACGCUGAGCCAGAGGUGGAUGAGGAUGCAGACCCAGAGAUGGAUGAGGAGGCUGAGCCAGAGGCGGAGAGCGAACUGGCUGAGAUGGAUGCUGAAGCCAUGAAUUCCUCUAAAGAAGCUGAGGAUGAUCACCUAUCUGUCUCAAUCCAAAAUGAAGAUGCCAUCACCCUAGAUGUUGAUGGGGACGAUCUCCUGGAAACAGGUAAACAUGUGAAACUUCCAGAUCCAGAGGCAGAGAAGGGCACUGAUGAGCCAGAGGCCUCUGCUGAGACGGGCCCAGAUGAUGACAUGAAGGCGGAAGAGAUCGAGGGCCACAAAGAUGGUAAGAAAGAUGAUGGAUCCAGGGAGCUCACGAAGAAAGACAGCAGAGAGGCCUUGAAGAAAGCUGAAACGGGAGAUAAAGAAAAGGAUUCUGGGAAGAAAGGCCCCUCCACUACUGGGGCAUCAGGUCAAGCAAAGAGCUCUUCAAGAGACAGAGACGGAAAAGCUGCAAAGGAUGAAAAAGGAGUUGUCAGCAGUAGCAGCAACAGCAGCUCUCGUAACAUUUGGGUGAGCGGCCUGUCAUCAAACACCAAAGCAGCUGAUCUGAAGAACCUGUUUGGCAAAUACGGGAAGGUUCUAAGUGCGAAGGUGGUUACAAAUGCUCGCAGUCCUGGUUCAAAGUGUUACGGCUUGGUGACGAUGUCUUCUAGCACAGAAGUGACACGGUGUGUUUCCCACCUCGACUGCACAGAGCUCCACGGGCAGCAGAUAUAUGUGGAAAGGGCCAAAAAUGAUCCGUUCAAAAAAGAGCCCUCAAAGAAGGAAGCAGAGGACAAAGCAAGUUCCAGCAAAUCAAGUGAUAAGCGCAGCUCCACCGGGAUGAAAUUGACAAACAAAACACAGCCAUCUUACAAAAAAGAGGACAAGAAAAUGGAUAAACAGCCAGAAAAGGAGAGAGAUUUAUCCAAGAAACAGGAGACCAAAAGUGGAAAAUCUGACUCAGUUUCACCUAACUCGGGCCAAGGUUCCUCAAAGAAAGAUGACAGAAAGCAUGGGAGGGCAAAGAGUCCAGGCAAGAUGAUGAUGGCCGAUCAUGCCAAAGAUUCUAAUAUGGGCAAAAUGAGACCUUUUAGAAGGGGACGGUAUUUUGAUAAUAAACCAUUUGUUCACAUGAAUUUUCAAAGACGGCCCAAGUGGUUGAUUCCUCCUGAAGAGUUCGAGAUGAUGAAAGAUAAACAGCGACCUUUUGCUAAUAAAGGGGAAGACAUGGACAUCCUGCCUUUUGAGAAGAUAAAGGAGCAGAGGAUGCGUGAACGGAUGGCUCGUAUGGAGCGUGCACGUAGAGCUGUAGAGUUACGCAGGCGACGUGAAAUUGCAGAAAGAGAACGGCGUGAGCGUGAGCGUGUUCGGCUGUUGCGGGAGCGUGAAGAACGGGAAAAUCUGCUCCGGGAACGCCAAAGACUAGAGAUGGAAAGACAAAAGCUGGAGAGGGAGCGCUUGGAGAGGGAGAGGCUUGAGAGAGAGAGGAUCCGUAUAGAGCAGGAACGGCGUAAAGAGACAGAGCGCAUGGCACGUGAACGUGAGGAGCUACGAAGGCAACAGGAGCAGCUCCGCUAUGAGCAGGAAAAGAGAAACAACCUCAAAAGAGGCCGUGAAGUCGAACAUGGUCGGAGGGAUGAUUCUUAUUGGAAUGGCAACAAGAAGAUUCAGUCUGACUCUGAUGUCCGUCUGAACCAAGGCUCCAACUACAACCGGCAGCAGAACCGCUUUUCGAACUUCAACCCCCGAGAGAGGGGUCGCUUUCCAGAGCCUGCUGUCGAGCAGCCUAACACAUAUGACAGACGAAACCGGUUUGACGGUGAGCCUGAAGUAAAAAAGAGUCGCCCUGCUCCUCACAGAGAGAGCUCUGGCUUUGAGCGCUACCCCAAGAACUUUGAAACGGUUCGCAGAGCUGAGCCACCACCUCCUCCACGCACUGAACUCCGAGACACAGACCGCAGGGAAAGAGAUGAGAGACGGCCCGUACCCAUGCAUGAUCGUCCUAUGGGAGCUAGAGCUGCAAUGCCUGGCAUGUCGCACAACCGCUCACCCAGGGAUGGAGGGCAUGGAUGGAAAAAUGAUGGCAUGAAUGCCAACAAGGGAGAUAUGCGAGGACCUAUGCGAAUGCGUGCAGAGCGAUCAGGCAGAGAUGGACCUGGUCCAUCACUGAGAGGAGGUUCCUCAGCCAGAGGUGGAAGAAGCAGCUUUAAUGACCGAGAUGGUGGAAGACCCAUGGUGAUGAGUGACCAGCCAUUUAGCUCCGGCCGCCAGGUUGUAGUGGAACGUCACAGCAGGGAGCAGGGACUGAGGAAGGAGUGGCAUGGCGGGUCAAGUUCACAGGGCGCAGGAUUCCCUGACAAUCGCAGAAUGGGAGACAACCGGGGCAGCAUGAUGGCUCCACCUUCCAGUCACUCCUCGUCUGGAAUGAACCGAAUUGUACAGAUCACCAACAACCCCAUUCCCAGCGGUGGCAAUGUGGGUGGAUUCAAGCCCUUCAAAGGAACGCCACGGCAGUUCUAACUGCAACCAAAAUCUGCCACUUUAAAGCACCUGAACAUUUUAAGACUUUUCUGAACUCUUUAUUUUUUAGAGUAUCAACUGUUUUUAGGUGGCACAUUUGUUGCCGCGAGGUUGAUAACACUAUUUUAUUUUGUAUAGACAAGUGUUUACCUCAGUGUAGGGUAUUCCUGACAGUUCUGCUGUUACCAUUAAACAACCCCGUGCACAAGUUUUACUUGUAUUUAGGACGCUAUUGUACAGCUUUAGGUCUUUGUAACAAGUUUUCAAGUGAUGAUAUCACCUCCUUCAAUUGAGUGUUGUUUGUACAUUUUCAGUAGCCUAGUAUUGAGUUCAUUCUUCUGAAGGCAACCUCACACUCAGUUUUCCUGUGUUACAUGUCUUAUCUUAGUGUAUUAUAGAGCUCAUGAAGUGAUAUAGGAGUGUGUUGUUUUUUUCCUUUUUGAAAAGUCAUGCUUGGUGUGGAUGUCUUGUUUUGUAAAAAAAAGUUGUUGAAUUUACUCAAACAAUGUCUAACAAACCCUGUGUAGUAGCAAAAUACCUCCCGUAGGCCACAACUUGAAUUACUUUCAGGCCUUCAUCUCUGAAAUAAAUUUGACAUUUAAGUCUCUGUAGAGCAUUCAGUGGUGU